AUGAGAUUCAUUCAGUUAACUUAUGAAAGAAAUUCAAACUAUCUUUCUGCAAUAAUAAAACAGUUAUUAUUGGUCAUAACCAUUCAUCACUUUUUAUUGAUAUUUAAUCAAAAAUAUUUUGCAUACGGUCAAUUAGAAACAAUUUUCGAUUUUUUAGAUUUCAAUGAAAAUGAUUUUAGUUCUUUGAGAAGAGUUAUAAACGUUGAUGAUAGAGAAUUACUGCUUUCUAGAAGGGAUAUCAACAGAGUCAUUGAUAAUUCCAUGCGAAGAGUAGAGGAAAUGGCCAGAAGAGAGCUCAGAGCAGUUUUAUUGAUAAAAAAUCCAAACUCCGAGGGACCACAGUUUAUCGAGAACAUGAAAAUAAAAAUGGGAUUUGUGUCCACGAUGGCUGCAGAUAGUCUCAAAAACUUAAUGCAACAACACGGGGAAACUGAUAAAUAUAGAAUAGCGAAAUAUUUGCAUAAUUUGGACCUUAACUUUACAGUUAUGGAGAGCGAAUGUCCAUAUCAUUAUGACCAACGUAGAAGUGGUAGAUUGUGUAGAUACGAUAAUCCUUAUAGGGAAAUUGAUGGGUUUUGCAACAAUAUAAAAUACCCUUAUAGAGGUACAUCUCAUUAUCCGGCUCAAAGAUUUAUUCCAGCUGACUAUGGAGAUGGUUUGAAUGAGCCCAGGAGAUCGGUAAGAGGUGAGGAAUUGCCAAAUGCUAGAAUUAUCAGUAAUUCCGUUUUGCCAUAUACAACUAAGGAGCACUCUACUGUGACCAAUAUGAUGAUGGUUUUUGGGCAAUUGAUGGAUCAUGAAUUUGCAUUUGCUUCUAGUCCCACAGGAUUUAUGUUUGGAAAAUUAAAAUGUUGCGAUCCUGAAAACGCAAUUCAUCCUUUGUGUAUGAACAUGAAUUUUCCCCAAAAUGAUGAAUUCUUUAGUCGGUAUCGGAUAACGUGCAUGGAAAUAGUUAGAAGUUUACCAGCUAUAGACAUUGACUGUAGAUUCGGUCCUAGGAAUCAAAAUAAUGAAGUCACUUCUUAUAUUGACGCAUCCCCAAUAUAUGGAUCUACCCCAGAGGUGGGUAAUAGACUUAGGGCUUUUUCCAGAGGCGAAUUAAAAAUUCAACCAAAUCCCUUAAACCCAAGAUUAAAACCAUUAAUGCCUAUAUCUAAUAUAUCAAGUUCGAUGCAAUGCGAGAUUAGAUCAGGACCGUUCAAAUGUUUUUCUGCAGGAGAUACAAGAGCUAAUGAAAAUUCUUUAUUGAUUGUUAUCCACACCUUGUUCGUACGAGAACAUAAUCGUAUUGCACAAGGUUUGCAAAAGGUUAAUCCUCGAUGGGAGGAUGAAAGAUUAUACCAAGAAGCUAGAAAGAUCUUAGGCGCAGUAAUUCAACACAUUUGCUUCAAAGAAUUUUUACCUAUACUGAUUGGUCAAAAUAACCUGGAAAAAUAUAGUCUCGAACUUAAAGACACUGGGUAUUUUAUUGGGUAUAAUUCAGAAACAGAUGCAUCGGUUGAUCAUGGGUUCGUUACGGCAGCGUUCAGAUUUGGGCACAGCUUGAUAAAGGAUAUUGUACCCGAUGGAAUGGAUCCACUUUUGAGAGGAAUUUUCCAUCAGCAUGCUCAGAAUAUGGACAAUCAUGUAGUUGAGGAUGUCCGUAAUCAUCUCUUUAAACUUCCUCAUGAAAGAUUUGGUAUGGAUUUGAUGGCGUUGAAUAUAAUGCGAGCCAGAGAACAAGGAGUCCCUGGUUACAAUGAUUGGAGAGAGUACUGUGGUUUGACAAGGUACAGAAAUUGGGGUGACAUGCAGAACCACGUAAUUCCUUCAGCUAUUGAGGGAAUGAGGGCAGCAUAUAAAAACGUUGAUGAUGUGGAUAUAUUUGUCGGGGGAAUUUCAGAAAUAAUCCUUCGAGAAAGUAACAGAAAAGAGAGCGAUGGCAUUUUGGGCCCUACAUUUUCUUGUAUGAUCGGAAGCCAAUUCAAAAAUUUUAGGUUCGGCGAUAGAUAUUGGUAUGAAAACGAUAAUUCCAGGCUCAUUCGCCAUGCAUUUACGCCAAGUCAAUUGCAAGAAAUACGUAAAGUCAGGUUAAGUAGGGUGAUUUGCGAUAAUUCGGAUUCAAUCGUUUCUAUCACAAGAAACGUCUUCAUUCAACCUAGUUUCGAAAAUCCUAUCAGCUUUUGUAGAGAUGUAAAAGGAAUCGAUUUUAGGCAUUGGCGGGAAUAA